CAAAAUCGGAAUUUCAGGUCGGAGCUAGCAUUCAUAGCAACCACCAUUUCAUUCUCAUCAUCAUCUUCAUCGUCUCUCUUCCAUUUCCAUGGGCUAGACCUAUAGAGAGAGAGAGAGACACACCACACACAUCACUUGCCAGGUUCUAAAUGCCCAAACUGAAGCGAAGAUAGCGUCGUCUAUACAGAGAGAGAAUGGGGAAGGGCCCGUUCUCCUUCGGUCGUUCUGUAAGCCGACGAAGGCCGAAGAAGACCGUCACGGUUACGACUACGGUCGAUUCCGUCGCGUCUCCUUCGAUGAUUGAUAACUCCAUCCUGGCGAUGAACGCCGCUGCUGCUGGAGCGUCUGCUAAACCUAAGAAGAAAGCCGGUGGAGCGAGAUUGUGGAUGAGGUUUGAUCGAUUUGGUCAUUCAGAACUCAUUGAGUGCGAUAAGAGUACGAUUAUUAGACGCGCUUCUAUUCCGGCUAGGGAUUUAAGGAUUCUUGGCCCCGUUUUCUCUCACUCCUCCAAUAUACUCGCAAGGGAGAAAGCUAUGGUUGUCAAUUUGGAAUUUGUCAAAGCUAUAGUUACUGCAGAAGAGGUGUUAUUGCUGGAUCCUCUCAGGCAAGAUGUUCUUCCAUUUGUGGACCAACUGAGACAACAACUUCCAAAUAUAAGUUCUUCCAAUAAUCAAGGAGGUGCCCGAAUAUCUGAACAAGAUGAUGACAUGCAUAGGUCUGCAGGACAAUGGUUAUCUGCUCCCGAACCUCCUGAAGGUUUACAUAGCGAGCUCCCAUUUGAAUUUCAAGUGCUCGAGAUUGCACUAGUGGCUGUCUGCACGUAUUUAGACUCAUGCGUGGCUGACCUUGAGAAGGAAGCUUAUCCCGUGUUAGAUGAAUUGGCAAGGAGUGUUAGUACUAAGAAUCUCGAGCGUGUACGCAGUUUGAAAAGCAAUCUUACUCGUUUAUUGGCAAGAGUGCAGAAGGUGAGAGAUGAAAUUGAACAUCUUCUAGAUGACAAUGAAGACAUGGCACAACUGUACUUGACUCGGAGAUGGAUUCAGAAUCAGCAAGCUGAAGCUCUGUUAGGAGCCCCUGCUUCUAAUAGCAUUGUUACUGCAGGCUCUCAUCUUGGCCGUCUUGGCUCCAACAGAAGUGCUAGUGCAAGGUCAAGCAGCUAUUUGGAUGAUGGUGAUGUGGAAGAUCUCGAGAUGUUGCUUGAGGCUUAUUUCAUGCAGCUUGAUGGAACCAGGAACAAAAUCCUUUCGGUUCGCGAGUACAUUGACGAUACAGAGGACUAUGUGAACAUCCAACUGGACAACCAGCGUAACGAACUUAUCCAACUUCAGUUGACACUGACAAUAGCUUCAUUUGCAAUAGCAGUUGAAACACUCAUAGCAGGAAUAUUUGGUAUGAACAUCCCUUGCCCAUUGUACAAUAUGGAAGGAAUAUUUGAAAUCUUUGUUGGAUCGAUUACGGCUGCCUGUGUUUUGCUUUUUCUACUUAUGCUUGGUUAUGCCAGAUGGAAGUCACUAAUUGGAUCAUAAGCACCCCCACCACAAACACUUAUAUAAUAAUAUUCCCUAUCGAAUUGAAUUGAAUCGUAUUUUGUAUCAAAGUCAAACGGGCACAUUUCACGCCCAUUAAUUGAUGAUAUGAUUAUAUAUGUUGUUGGUAAUUUUUAAGAUAUGUGAACUUGUUAUUUUUCUUGAUUUGGUGAAAGUAAAAAUCUCAUGAAAGUAGUUAUGUAAUAAUAUGAUUGCAUACUCCUAGAAGAAUAUGGAUUUUGGAUUAUUAG